AUAAUUAAAAAAAAUAAAAAUAUUCCAUAAUCACUGCUAAUCACUCCUCUUUAGCAACGUUUAAAAGGCCCUCUCUAGGUUGAAAGACACUACUCUAAUGUAACAAAUCCACUUAAUAAAAGAUUUAUAAAAAUAAAAUAAAGUUAAUUACGACGAUUUCGUGAUACGAUUUUGUAUGCAACGUAGCUAUUAUAAGCAAAGCAAUUUUAUUAAUUAUAAAAUAAAAUAAUUUCCGAGAUAAUAAAACUCUCGCUAUUAAUCAUGUUUUUUCUUCGAUGAAUGCAUUUAUUUAUUAUAAAUCGACUUAUUAAUUACCUCACUAACAUUGUUCCCAUAUACUAAUAUAAUAGUUUCUACGACGAGAUCAGUAGCAACUCCCGCAUCGGUGUGAAUUUCACAGAGUGAAGUUAAGAAUAUUGGAUACUUUACAGUUAUAAUAUACGCGUUCAGAAUAAUUAUAACGAAGCUGUCGGUCGUCCCAAUACUGCUCAGUGCUCGUGUUUGCAUGCGUACACUCUACUCAUACAAUCCUGGUUAAUUGCAUCUGAGGAAACAAAUUGUUCGCACACGACAUUAUUUUUAGUAAGGGGUAGUGGAUCGUCCCGUCGUCCAAGCAACGAGCCGCCACUGUGUAUGACAAAAUCUAGAAGCACUGCUUUUGUACACGCAUGAAUUGCACCAAUUGAAAUGAAGGCAAUCAAUAUUUUUCUAUUGAAAUUGGCGAUUCUUUUGACACUGAAAAUUUGUAAUUGCGAGGAGGUGUAUGAUUUCUCAUAUCACCCAGAACCUAAAUCUAUCUACGAGUUUUCAGUUAAAGAUGACCAAGGAAAUAAUGUGUCAUUAUCAAAAUACAGAGGUUACGUGUUAGUGUUAUCGGAUGUAGCGAUCAGACCCCCAGUCGAAUUCAUAUAUAUAAAACAGUUAAAUAUUCUACAGGAAAAGUAUUACGAUGAAGGAUUAAGAGUUCUUUGUUUCCCAACUGAUCAGUUAUACGCUGUGGUACCUCCCUAUCCUGUUAAUGCAACAGAAUUUCGAAAUAAGUAUCAUCUAAAAUUCGAAAUUUUCGGAAGUUUAAACAUCAAUAAUGGUCUAAGACACAGUGCUCAUCCCUUAUGGCUCUGGCUUCAGAGAUCACAAGAAGGAUUUUUAAUUAAUGCUAUUAAAUACAAUUAUACCAAAUUUGUAAUUGACAGAUACGGGCUGCCCACUGACAGAUUCUCUAUUUUUGCCUCUCUACAGGAUAUGGAAAACGCUGUGUUAAGACAUUUAAGGGAUUAAAACGUAUGCGUAUAAAAAUUAUUUACCAAUGCCUGUUUUUAUUCUUUUAUAUAAUUAUAUAGGUAAUCAAAACAGUAAAUCGUAUUGACAACACAACUGAAGUGCAAAACUAA